AUGCAUUCACUUUGGAAACGCAUUUUAAAAUAGAUGUUACGUCCUGUUAAUGGGGCACGUCAUCAUCGCGUACAUUUGGGAAAAACUCCCUAACGAGACCUAUGUGACAAUUGUUCCAAAUUUACAAAAAUCUGGGGAUUCCCCCAAUGCCACGAUUGCCCGGAUGUUGUAAAUCGCGGGAGAUGACUGCAUGUUUGUCCGAUUUUAUAUUGCUAUUUUUGCUAAAUACACUUGAGUGCCUGGUCGAUCGAUCGGCGACAUGGCAGGAAAGAGAUCUGUCCCACAUGAGGUUUACGCUGAAGGCGCAAUCAGGAGAAUCAAGUUAGAAAAUUUCAUGACCUAUGAUUCUGUCGAAUUCAAACCUGGUGCUCAUCUUAAUGUGAUAGUUGCCCCAAAUGGAACUGGGAAAUCAACACUGGUGAAUGGCAUCUGCCUUGGACUUGCUGGAAAGACGAAAUGGCUCGGGAGGGCAUCACAGGCAACAGAGUUCAUCAAGCAUGGACAAACUAAAGCUACAACAGAAAUUGAGCUGCACAAUCCAGAUGGCGACAAUUACGUCAUCAAACGAGAGAUUCAUAAAGAUAAUCGACAGAACUGGAGUGUUAAUGGGAGGUCUUCUGCACAAAGGGCGGUUGAAGAAUGUGUUGCCAGGCUAAACAUCCAGGUGGGCAAUCUAUGUCAGUUUCUUCCUCAAGAUAAGGUGGCAGACUUCGCCAAGAUGACACCACAAGAAUUGCUGGAAAACACAGAAAAAGCUGUUGGACCUCCCGAGAUGAUUCAAGAUCACCAUAGGUUAAAGGAUUCAACUACAGAGGCCAACACCCUUGCUGCAGACUAUAUCACGAUGCAAGAACGACUUGAAGCCGAGGAAUCUAAAAACUUGCGUGUAGAACAAGAUGUGAAGAAUUAUAAAGAAAGGCAGACUCACAUCAGGCUCAUCAAUCUCCUUGAGAAGAAGAGACCUUGGGUGGAAUAUGAGACCAUGCGUAAGCGCUACAUGGAAGAGAAACAGAAGAAAGAUGAUCUGACGGAGCAGUACAAACAAGCCAAAAUGGAGAAUGCACCCAUGCAAAAUAAGCUUGCUGCGGCACAGAAGAAGUACCAGGAUGUGGACAAAUUGAUGAAGAAAAAGACGGAGGACUUGAAGAAUGAGGCGGAGCAAGCUGCCACAAAGAAUAAGAAGAUUGAGCAUCUGACAGAUAAGAUGGGUGAGGUGCAGUCUGAUCUCAAUGUGAAGAAGUCCGAGGAAACCAAGCGCAAGAAAAGGAUGAGUGAGCUGCUACGUCACAUUAAGGGUUUGGAGAAUGAUCUUGAGUCGAUGGGCGAUGAGGAAGAUCUUCAGCCUCAGAUUGAUCAGGUGAACAAUGAUAUGCGACAGAUGAAUCAGCAGAUGAACAUCACACGUGAACAGAUUGAUCAAAAAAGAUUUGAACGGAAUGCCAUCCAGCGGGAGAUAACAGAUGUCCAGCGUCAACUGAAUCAUUUAAGAGAUGUUCAUAAUAAAAGGAUGGAGCUCCUGAGACAUAAACACAAACCGACGUAUGAUGCUGUACAAUGGUUGAGGGAAAACAAGCAUAGGUUCAAGGGUGACAUCUAUGAACCUAUGAUGCUCCUGAUCAAUGUGCCGCGUCCAGAACAUGCCAAGUAUGUUGAGAACCACAUUUCAUAUAACGACAUGAAGGCUUUUGUUUGUAAAGAACCUGAUGAUGUUAACAUGUUCCUUGAACUGACUAGGGAUGAGAUGAAUCUUGCAGUCAAUGCUGUAAAAGUGCCGCCAGAUCGGAACCCAGAUUUCAAACCAAAGUAUAACUUGGGUCAACUUGGACAUUACGGCUUCCAUCACUACCUGAAAGACCUGUUCACAUGCCCUGAUGACAUCAUGAAGUACCUGUGUAAGCAGUAUCAUGUGCACACGAUUCCUAUUGGCAAUAAUCACACAAAGGAAGUGGUGGAACAGGUGAUGAGAGAUAUCCCACAGAUGAAUACCUUCUAUACAGAACACCAUCAAUACAACAUCAAACGCUCCCGAUACAGCAAGGAGACCUCCUCCAGAUGUACAGAGCUUAGGCCUCCAAACACGCUGAGUGUAUCUGUUGACAUGCAGAUGGUGAAUGAACUGACUCAACGUCUGCAGAACCUCCAGACCCAACUCACUGAUAUUGACACCAAGACGGAAGAGCUGCAUACACGCUUGCAGAACCUGGAGACCAGGAUCAAUGACUGCAGGAACAAGAAGAAAGAAUUGAGUAAGAGAAAGGACAACAAGAAGUCCAUCAUGCAGCAGCUCAAGAUAAAGCAUGAAACGUUACGACGUCUUGAGACUGAAGGUAUAGAUAUUGAAAACGAAGAGAAGAAAGCAAAUGAUGAAAUUCGCAACAUCAACUUGAAGAAAUGUCAGCUACUUCAGGAGCUAAAUCAUCACACUCGGAGAUGUCUGACCUUUGGUAUGGACAAAGUACGCCUGAGCCUCAACCAUGCAUCAGCAAUGAGGGAGGAAAGUCGCAUUGAAUACAUCCUCAAGGAGCAGCUGAUUGCUGUGAGCAACUUAGAGCAAGAGCUUGGUGAGAUGAAAGAUCGGGUGAAGGAAACGAAGGAUCGAGCACGCCGUCUGCUGACUGAUGCCAAGAAAGCUACUGAAACACCCACUGACCAGGACCUCUCAGAGGAGUUACAGAAGGCAUUUGAACAGUUCCCUUCAAGCUUGGAAGAGCUGGACGAACAGAUCCAUGGUGAGCGGGCGCGAGCCGAUUGUAUCUACCAGACAGAUGAGAGGGUUGUGAGAGAUUAUCAAGAGAGGAAGAAGCAGAUUGUCAGGAUGCAAAAGGAGGUGGAAACAUUGGAGUUGAAGCUUCAAAAUCAUAAAGGGGACAUCGAUGAGGUGAAACAGAGAUGGCUGGAGCCCCUCAAGCAACUAAUUGCCAAGAUAGACAAGAACUUUGGCUAUUUCUUCAGGUGUCUCAAGUGUGCUGGCGAGGUUAGCCUGGACACUCCAGAAAACCCGGAAGACUACGAGAAGUACGGAAUUCAGAUCAAGGUGAAGUACCGGGAUAACGAGAAUCUGAGGAUUCUGUCGCCACAUUCCCAGAGCGGAGGAGAGCGUAGUGUCGCUACUGUCCUCUUCAUGAUGGCCAUGCAGGAGUUGACCAAGUGUCCCUUCAGAUGUGUCGAUGAGAUCAACCAGGGUAUGGAUGCCAUAAAUGAGAGAAAGGUUUAUGAGCUAGUUGUUCAAACAGCCUGCAGGGAAAAUACUUCUCAGUAUUUCUUGCUCACGCCAAAGCUGCUGCCUGACCUCCAGUAUGCCGACAACAUGACAGUACUAUGUAUCUAUAAUGGACCAUACAUGAUCAACCAUACUGAGUGGAAUCUGAAGAAGUUCAUCAAGAGGAGGACUAAGUUGGAAGAUUAGAUGACGAGCAUUCUAAUUCGUGUUUUACCAGACAUUCAUACACUUCCCUUCUGGGAGCUUGAGGACAGUAGAAACAGACUUUCAUCUACCGUUGAUAUGGUUCAUACUGAGAGUGAUAUUGCACCUCAGUGUAAAACUGCAUUUAUCUUGUCUCUUCAUAACUGACACAGUUUGUUUGAUUGUGAUGUGCAGAUGUGUUCUGUCAAUGUUGCGAUGCCAUUGCUGCAUGAUUUCCAUAAUGAGCCAAAUUAUGACUUCAAUCAAUGCAUAAUGUUUUGAAAGAAGAGCUUGUUUCUGAGAGAACCUAGUUAUCAUUAUUUUUAAUCGUACUUUUUGUUGUCUCUCUAUGACUAGUCAUUCAUUUGCUGUAUAGAACUUAAUUAGUUGAUUAGUAUCUUGAUUUCUAAAUGCUCUUUAGAAAUUUGCCUUUGGUUAAGUAAACUUCGACAUUCAUUCCACGCGACCAAGUGCUGCCAUGUCUGAUGGCAUUGUCAGCCACCAUGUCCUGUCACUGCCGUGUUUGGGUGAUGUCUCAUCCACCGGGCUACCAGCUGCACCUGAUUUCCCGGGGGCAUUUAGAUAACUACCUUCUUGAAUCAAUAUAGGGUGCACUGUACAUAGAACCAAGCAUGGAUUAUAGCUAUUUAGGAUUUGGGAAUGUCUUGUCAGUCAGCUGGACUAGAUAUGAAGGAAGUGUGGUUGAUUUUGAGACUUAUUUCUAGAACAUCUUUUCUGAAGGCAGAAAGAUAAUAUGUCCUUAGAGGCAUUGGUAUUGCUAGAGGCUGUAGAACCAUGUUCUAAUUCUGCUUCUCUUCUUUAGUCUAGUAGUUUUGAUACAAUAUCAUUGUUAUGUAGUUGAGGAAGUGGAGAUUUAUGUAGAAACUAGAAGUUCUCACUCCUUACUUUAUGUUAUCAUGGCCAUGUUGGUUCAUUUGCAGAAUAUCAUUAAUCAAUAGUUAAUAAGAAGGUGCCUGUCCUGCCUUCUCUUUUGCAUUUAGGGUGUGGCUGUAAACUGAAUUAAGGCGGCUCGUCCAUUAGUCUCAUCCAGUUCGAUGGAGAUUGGCUAGAUUUUGUAUCCUUUUCAUAUGUAACAUCACUUAGUACAUAUUUUAAUAGAUGAUGUUGCUUUAUAUUUUUAGAAAAUUGAAUAUAUGUUCGUUUUCCA